UUAAACAGAAAACUACCGAAACAUGCCUUAUGGAAGAGGCAGGAUUUUCAUUAGUGCAUGUAUCGUGCUUCUACUUAUGAUGCAUGAGGUUGGAUGCCAGCCCCAACCUACCGACCACAAAGUUUUUGAUGUUAAAAACUUUAAUGCUGUUGGUGAUGGAACCGAAGAUGAUGCAAUGGCUUUGAUACGAGCAUGGGUAGCAGCAUGUCGGUCAGGUGCAGCGGCAAAGGUUUUGAUUCCUCCUGGCAAUUUCAUGGCGUCGGAAGUUGUGUUUGCGGGUCCUUGCACCGCUACAAAGCCCAUCAUAGUUGAAAUCCAAGGCACUCUCCUCGCCAAUACUGAUCUCAGCUCCUAUUCACAAGGUGCUUGGAUCUCGAUCGAGAGAGUCGACGGCCUCCUCCUCACUGGCCCCGGAACCAUCGAUGGCCGUGGAAAAUCCGUUUGGAAAUACGGCGCCGACAGCGACCUCCCUCUUCUCCCCGUCGCUCUCUCGUUAAAAUCGGUGGAAAAUGCGAAGGUUGGUGAUUUGAAAUUCGUAAACAGCAUGGGUUUCCAUUUAGAGGUUAGAGAUAGCAAAAACAUAGAUAUAAGCAAAGUGGGUAUCACUGCACCUGGUGACAGCCCCUUCACCCACGGAAUCCACCUCACCAAUUCUACAAAUGUUAAGAUAACCGACUCCGUCAUCGGAACUGGAGACGACUGUGUUUCCAUUGACUACGGCACGCAAAGCGUUCUGGUGGCCGGGGUUACAUGUGGCCCUGGUCACGGCCUCAGCGUUGGGAGCUUGGGGAAACUCGUAGACGAAACAAACGUCAACGGAAUCACAGUGACAAACUGCACGCUGGUUAAGACGAAAAAUGGAGCACGAAUCAGAAGCUACCACGACUCUCCGAAGAUCGAAGCUACAAACAUUGUUUUUGAACAUCUAGUGAUGGAGGGAGUCCAAAACCCUAUUUUAAUCGAUCAGCAUUACAACUCCAAGGAUAAUUCACAGCAAUCAAGCGUUAGGCUGAGCGAUAUUCACUUCAGAGAUAUAAGCGGCACGUCGACUUCUCCAAUAGCCAUAAAUUUGAACUGCAGUUCGUUAGUCCCAUGUGAAAAGGUUGAAUUAGCUAAUAUUAAUUUAAAACCAUUUGAUUCCACUAUUAAGCAACUAACUUCUGCAUGUUCAAAUGCGCAAAUCAUCACUCAAGGCCAAAUCUUUCCUUCCAUGCCUAACCGAUGCACUUGAAUGCCAUCUCCAUACCUUUUAUCUCGACACUAAUUUCAUAUUCGUUUAAUUCUGAUUAUUUGUAAAUGAAGAA